AUAUACACCAACUAAAGCAACUAAAAUGAAGAAACAUAGCAAGAUGAUAUCUUCAACCAUGCAUAACUUUCCCUCAAGCAUGCUACUUCUCCUUGUAAUCCUAACCGCAAAUCUCUUCCUCCCUUCACACUCAGAAAAUUGCAGCCCACAUGACAAAAAAGCUCUUCUCCAAAUCAAAAAAGAAUUUGGCAAUCCAACCAAACUCUCUUCAUGGGAUCCAAACACCGACUGCUGUAAGAGCGCAUGGGCCGAUGUCGGUGAGAGCACAUGGUCAGGUGUCUCAUGCGACACCGACGCACUACCUUACCGCAUCGCCUACCUCGUUCUCUCCGACCUCGACCUCCCUCAACCCGUCUCCAUUCCACCCUCCCUCGCUAAUCUCCCUUUCCUCUUUUACCUAUCUCUCUCUGGCAUGCCCAACCUCGUCGGCGCUAUCCCUCCGUCAAUCACUAGCCUCACCAAACUCGGGUACCUCUACUUCAACAACAACAGCAUCACCGGCACGAUACCCAACACCAUCUCACAGAUCAAAAGCCUCUUAUUCCUCGACCUCUCUCACAACAAACUCACCGGUCCCCUCCCGGACACUCUCUCCUCUCUCCCAAACCUUCAUGGAAUCACCUUAAACAACAACAAACUCUCCGGCUCUAUACCAGAAUCAUACGGCUUGCUUUCGGAUUCACUUUCAGUCCUAUCUCUUUCGAGAAACCGUCUCUCCGGGAAUAUUCCUGCAUCUUUUUCGAAACUGAACCUUUCGGUUGUGGAGUUGUCACAUAACUCAUUGACGGGUGAUGCUUCGGUGUUGUUUGGUUCAAACAAAAACACUGGGAAGAUAUUGCUGGCCUCGAACUCGCUGGCUUUUGAUAUUGGGAAAGUUGGGUUGUCAGCGAGUUUGAAUUUUCUGGAUUUGAGGAACAAUAAAAUCUACGGUACGCUGCCGAAGGAAUUGACGGGACUGAAGGAACUGCGUAAUUUGAACGUGAGCCACAAUAAUUUGUGUGGUGAGAUUCCACAAGGUGGCCACUUGAGAAGGUUUGAUGAGUAUUGUUAUGCUCAUAACAAGUGUUUGUGUGGUUCUCCUCUUCCCGCAUGCAAGACUUGAAUUAAAUAAUGGAUCCCAUAGAAUUAUAUACCUAAAUAAAGAUGGUUGAAAUUUCAAUUUCAAUUCUUAAGGAUAAAUGUACUGAGAUGUGCAACUGAGAUGUGCGUUGGUUUGAAAUUGCACCACUUCUAGAAAUACUUGAUUGGAUAAUAAAGUGAAUUGAAAUAGAGAAAACAAAAACUAGUUUAUAAAAAUAGGCUUAAUUGUAAUUUUGGUCUCUAUUUAAGAUUUAUGUUUAACA